AUGAUUAAGAUGAUGAAAGUAAUAGGUUUAUGCAAACGGGAACAGCUCCUGCGCACUAGUGGUAAAUUCGGAGUUGCAUUGUUAGGCAAGAGGUACAGCACAGCGAAGACCAACAACGUCACAGCUGUUGAUAACAAGUACAUUUACAAUGUGUAUAAAUUGGAUAACACAUAUUACAACAACUUAAAGGUUAUAAACAGCUACGAUGAAUUUCAUGAUUUGGUUGUAAAAAAUGAGUACUUUAAGGAUUACUCCAAAUUACAAAACAAGUUUAAUAAUGAAGAAAUAUUAGAGCAUAAUGGAGAAGAUUCAGGGGACGGAUUCAAACCCUCCAUGGAACAAAGAAAGGACGCAAUGAGAACCAAUUUCGGAAAAAUGAAGGAGGAAAGUGAAUGCACAAAUGUGAUUACGUCCACCGAUUUACAGGUCUUAUAUUUUGGUAGCUAUGAAAAUAACAUUAGUGUUCUUUUAUUUGAGAAAUUUAAAAGUAUUAUUGAAAAGAAUAAAAAGUUACAAUUUUUUUUCCUAGAUGUUAAUGUGUGUCCACAGUGUUCUUACAAUUGCGAUGUCACCUAUGUGCCUUGCGUUUGUUUAAUAUAUAAAAAUCAUUUGUUUAGAAAAAAAUUAGAGAUCAAUUAUGAAAAUCCCAUUGAUGAUAAGUACCUGGACGAGUACUUAAGUACUGUACAGAAGAGCAUAGAUUCGUUUCACAAGUACAACAAUAAGUUUAUUUACAAGUUGAAGAAGCAGAGCAAUUACCUAAACACGAAAUAUAUAGAUGUGGAUAAUCAGAACAUCCACAAGGAGAACUGGAACACAUUCUAG